AGAAACAUAGGCCUGAGCGAGUAAGAUCAAAAACAAGUAAAAGAUUUAAUAUGCCAAUGGGAAUGCCUAGUGGACCUGGAGGAGGUCAUGGAGGAUCUAGUCCAAUGGGAGGAGGACCCUUUCAACAUGGUCAAAUGUCUAGUCCGGGAAUGGGAAGUAUGAUGGGUGGUGGAGGUGGCAAUCCAAUGCAUGGACCAAUGACUGGAGGUGGACGUUCCAAUAAUCCAGCUAUGACAGGACCACAUUCACCGGGUCACACAUCAAUGUUCAGUGGAUCGAGUUUUGGUUGUAUACGUCAUCAAAUUGUGUGUCCACGAUGGUGCUUAAUCAUCGAUGAAAUGGGAUGUCACUCCUGUCCGUGUGGUCCUGCUGCAGGAAUGGCGUUGCCACAAAACAAUCUGAUGUCAUCUAUAAUGUCGACAACAACAGGAAACUAUCAUACAGGAAGUUCAACAACCGGAAACGGAAGUGGAGAAAAGCAAUGCCUAGGACAACUGUUAUGUAUGUCAUCAUGUAAAAAUUCCUACACUUUAGGGCCUGUUGGACACGAUGGCUGCCGUUCUUGUACAUGUGAAUCAGGAUCAGGAUACGGAUAUGGUAGUGGUUCUUCCGGCGGAUAUACAGGAGGUGGAAGUUCCGGUGGUGGCUCAAGUGUUUCAGGAGGAGGUUAUACAGGAUUCGGAGGAGGAUAUACUGGUGGGGUUACAGGUGGUUCUACGUCAACUCACACGAGUCAUCAGGUCUCAACAAACCAGGUAAAAUAUGUAGUACAGCAAAAGAAGGAAUGUACUGCACUGAAAUUAUGCAUGCAAUCAUGUGACACCGGGUACCAGUUGGGUGCAGUUCAAACUGAUGGAUGCCAUAAAUGUUUUUGUCCUCCAAAGAAGACGUAUGUCUAUGUUCAGCCACAAGUACAAGUUGUCCAACCUCCAAAGAAACAGUAUGUUUAUACAACUCAAGUACAAACCUAUAAACCAGUCGCCAACACAUUCACGUGUACCAGUUCAUUCAGUUGUCAAUACGGAUGUAAUGUUGGAUACAAGUGUGGAACCGAUGGUUGUCCAAUCUGUGAAUGUAUUCAUCCGCAAGUUGUAGGACUCCAAGUAACAGAAGUAAUUAGACCUCAAGCAGUACAGUGUACUAGUUCCUUCUCCUGCCCUAGAAGUUGUCAACUGGGAUAUAAAUGUGGUACAGACGGGUGUCCUACCUGUGAAUGUCUUAUUGCUGUUCAGACCCAGUUGGUUAACACAGAUUGCGUUGACUGUGAUGAUAUAGACAGAUAUAAGCAGCACUAUGUCAAACCACAGAAACAAUACGUUGUUGUUCAACCUCAUACAGAAUGCACUGAUUGUGGUACCCAAAUUGUGUAUCAGAAACCUCAACAACAAGUCGUUUACGUUCAGAAACCACAACUACAAACAGAAUGUACUGAUUGUGGUACCCAAGUUGUAUAUCAGAAACCAAAGCCACAAGUCGUGUACAUACAGAAACCACAACCACAAACAGAAUGUACUGAUUGUGGUACCCAAGUUGUAUAUCAGAAACCAAAGCCACAAGUCGUGUACAUACAGAAACCACAACCACAAAAAGUGGUGUAUGUUACACAGACUCAGACAGAAACAUGCCACGGAUGUGAGACAAAACCACAAAUUGUGUACACCAGACCAAAGCCACAACAACAAAUCGUUUACAUUACUAAACCAAAGCCACAGCCACAGAAAGUCUACGUUUCACAGACACAAACUUGUAAUAAUUGUGGAGAAAAGCAACCACAAAAGAGUUUAAUCGUCGGUCAUCUCGUAUCAAGUGGCGGAACAACUGGAGGAGGAGCUUAUAUCAGUGGUGGCGGCGGUUCAUAUUCUGGUGGCGGUGGAUCAUAUUCUGGUGGUGGCGGAUCAUAUUCUGGAGGAGGCGGAUCCCACACGGGAAGUGGUGGAUCAUUCUCCGGCGGAGGUGCAGCGAUGAUGGGUGGUGGAUCCACGGGAGGAAUGACUAUAGCCAACUGUCCACCAAUGCCACACGACUGUGAACCAUCGUGUAUAAAAUAUGACGAACCACACUGUCGGAGAUGCGAAUGCGAACAACCAUUCCCACAGUUUUUUGGCUUAAUGAAAGGAAAAUAAAGACACAAGGAAUAUGGAAUAUACCCUGACACAUAACCAGUACCAUAUCACAGAUUUGUUAAUAAUAAAAACUAUGAUAUUAAGUGUUACAUUGUCUAUAUCAUAUUUUAUCAUAAAAACGUCGGAAAACGACAGCAAUGUAUUUUGAAUCUAUGCGAUUAAAACAUGUUUGACUGGC